GAAAAAACAGAAGACAAGUGUUCCAACAACUAAACCUCCAAACUUGCGACCAAGACCACAAAGACAAAGUGUUCCAACAACUAAACCUCCAAACUUGCGACCAAGGCCACAAAGACAAAAUGCUCAACCUCAAGACGAACAAGCGAUUGCUGAUUUGCAGACGGUGGGAGAUUUUCUCACUGACAAUGUUGAAGUUUCCGAGGAUGAUCCAAUCAAUGCUACAAAAAAGAGGCCUGCAAGGGGCAUAACUAAGAUGGAGGGAAUAUUCUCAAGGUCACCUGAAAUGCCAAAAAUCAAAAUUUUACUCAAUGAUCGAGGUCAGCCUAUUGGUAAAAGUGCUAGACAACUUUCAAGUGCUAUUGGGUGUCAAGUUAGAAAGAAAUUGUCUAUUGCUACCACGGACUGGAGGCUUGUUGAUAUAAACAAGAAGUAUGAGUUGUGGGAGGAUAUAAAGACAUAUUAUGAUGUAGAUGCUGCUGCCUUAAACUGGGUUAUGCGCACAGCUGGAAAGAAGUGGAAGCAAUUUAAAGCAUCCAUAAAGCAACGAUACUUCAAUCCUGAAUUGUCUAUAAAAGAAAUUCCAGAAUGUCCUGAUAAGAGGGUUAAUGAUGAUGAUUGGCACUCUAUGUACAACUAUUGGAUGUCUUCUGAAUUUCAGGAUCGCUCAGAAAAAGCUAAAAUAAAUCGACAAAAGCUAAAGAUGCACCAUACAGCCGGCAGUGUGAGCUAUGCAUGUUCAGAAUAUGAUUUGGCUGUGAAACUAGGACGUCCUCCACGAAGAGAUGAAAACUUUAUCCAAACCCAUACAAGAAAAAAUGGUGUUCCUACAGAACAGGCAAAACCAAUAAUUGACCAACUUAAUGAUGUUCUUGGAGUAUAUCCAGAGUUAAAGGACCGAUCAAUUCAAGAGGGUGAUGCAUUCUCUAUUGUUUGUGGACCGAAAGAGCCAAAAGGAUAUGUUCGUGUUUUGGGUUUAGGCCCUACUCCUCAAGAUAUUGGCACUCCAGAGUUGAAGUCUUAUACUGCAACAAGACUACAAAUGGAGAUUCUUGCUCGUACAAAGGUUCAAAGUGAGAAGGCUGCUUUAGAAGAGCGUGUACUUGAGCUACAGACUCAAAUUGAGCAAAGGGCUCAACCAGACCGGGCAAGUGAAGAGCCCAUGUCACAUCGCGGCUCUACUUCAUUUCAACAUAAGGUGAUGAGGAACAAGUUUGCUGCUGAGGAUGAGGAAGACAAUGAAGAAUAUUGUGCUUCUGAAGAUGAGGAAUUAGAUGAUGAGGAUGAUCAAAUAUUUCAUCAGAUGCAAGGUGCUAACUCACCAAGAUCUACAAGGCACUUUGCUGAAGCUUCACACUCUAAACAUGAUGAUCUUGUUGGAAAAGAUGUCAUAUUAUAUGCUAUGUUGAGAUCUGAUUUGCCUGUGGCUAAAGGGACAAUUGUUUCUACUAAACCAAGCACCACAGUUGGAGGCCAGAUCCUUGGAAGGCAAUAUUGUGAAGUUAUUGUAACUUGUGUGAUAAAACGAGAUACAGUUUUGCCUCGCCCUUGUGCAAAUGUGGAAACUAUGGCUGAUGCUUACAUGAUGUCAGUUGCAUGGCCGUACAAGAAACUGAAGUUGGUGCAUAAGGCUGCAACACCGUCUAGUGGAGGGUGUUCUGGACAAAGAAAGCUUGUACCUUAAAACAGGAGGAUACAAGAAGCUGGAGUGGUUGCCUGAAGGCUUUUGAACUGCUUGAAGCAUUAGUGUAGCUUUAGUGCUUUUGUGACUGAUCAGCUCUGGAGCAGCUAGAGUGAUGUAGUUGUGGGCUUUUGAACAAUAGCUGGAGUGAUAUGAAACAUUAGUGAUGUAGUUGUGGGCUUUUGAACUGCUUCAAGCUGGAGUGAUGUCGCUGUGGUGCUUUUGUGAUUGAUCAUCUCUGGAGCUUUUGUGAAUGAUCUAGCUAUUUGUAAAUGAUCGAAUUGUGAAUGAUAUUAUAAUUGUGAUA